AUGUAUUAGAAGAUUAAAAAAAAUAAAUAAAAACCAAUCCAAUACUAAAAUUUAAAUCCUUUCAAAGAAACAGAAAAAAAAUACAAAUUCUAUGCUGGAAUUCAAACCGAUUUUAGUGAAUUAAUUGAUGUAACCAAUCUCACAGAACAAUAAAUGUAAGAAUAAGGAAUUCAUAAAAAUGGAUCUGUUUAUCGUUUUGAUUAUCCUCAAGGUGUCAUCUAAGUGAAGAAUUUUCUUAACUUAAAUGAUUAAAUUCGCAUUUGUAAAUUAUGCAUGAAUGAAUAUAUUAAUUAACCUUAUAGAACAAAUCUCUUCAUAUAUAAGGAAGAAGAGAACUUCGAUAAAUUUAUUGUUCAUGAUGAUAAUAGAUAUCAUUUUAAUAAUAAAAUAAGAUGGGCUAAUGUAGGUUAUCAAUAUGACUGGAAUAAUAGGUAUUAAAUAAAAUUUAUUAAGACAUUAUCCAUAAGAAAAAACCUAAGUGCCUGAUCCUAUUUAAGAAAUAUCCUAAAGAGCCAAUAAUUUCUUAUAAUUAUAAAAUCACUACUAAAGUGAAUCAGUAAUAAUUAAUUUUUACUAAUCUCAUGAUUAUAUGACAGGUCACUUAGAUGAUGCUGAACUUGAUUAAGAUUCUCCAAUAUAUUCUUUUAGUUUUGGAUUAUCAAGUGUUUUUGUAAUAGGAGGACCAACAAAAGAUGAAAAACCUAUUGCCAUUAAGCUUGAUUCUGGAGAUUUAUUAGUUAUGAGUGGUCAUGCUAGAAGAUGCUAUCAUGGAGUUCCUAGAGUUAUAGCAAACUCUUUCUAACCUAAAGAGUAUAAUAAUGUAUAUUACAUAUUUAGAAAUCCAUUUGAAUAGACAUAGCUUAAUGGUAAUUUUAAUAGUGACUUUCAUGUUUUUAAUUACUUAUCUGAACAUAGAAUUAAUAUUAACACUAGAUAAGUUUAUAAACCAUAAUAAGAAUAAUGAAGUAUUAAUGUCU